UGCAGUAAGAUCUAAAGUAUUUUAAUAGAACAAGUAGUGGAUUAUAGGUGUACUUACGAGAGUAUCACUGUUCUGGACUAGCCUUAUCAGAAUAAUUGUGGAGUAAAGACAAUUCUGAAGUUGUCAAUUAAAGUUUAAACGAGAAUGGCAGAAUCUGGGGUCUGCUGUAUGGAGAAGAAUACAGAGGCGAAUGAAUUAAACUAUCACAACUAUCUAAAGCUGGACAAUGUCCUGUCCAGUCAGGUGAUGCAGAGUGCUGUCAAAAACAAGGCUGUGCAUGAUGAACAUCUUUUUAUUAUCACACAUCAAGCAUAUGAACUCUGGUUCAAACAAGUUCUUUAUGAGAUUGAUUCUGUCAGGGAGAUGUUCAUGUUGCCUGUGCUGGAUGAGUCCAAAACUUUGUUGAUUCUGAACAGACUGAGUCGAGUCACUUUGAUCCUUAAGCUUAUGGUUGAUCAGAUUGAAAUCCUAGAAACUAUGACGCCAUUAGAUUUUCUGGAAUUUAGGUUACAGCUUUCAUCAGCAUCAGGGUUUCAAAGUCUUCAGUUUCGCUUGUUGGAAAAUAAAAUGGGUGUUUUAGAGGCAUCACGAGUAAAAUAUAACCAGCAGCAUUACAUGAAAGUUUUUUCCAAACCUGAGCAAAUUAAAAUGCUGCAGGAUUCACUGGAGCAGCCAUCUUUGUUUCAGCUUGUUGAGAAAUGGCUUGAGAGAACCCCAGGCCUGACAGUGAAGUCUUUCCAUUUUUGGGACCUGUACAAAAGAUCAGUAGAAAGAUGGCUGCAGGAUGUUCUCUUAAUACCAGCAGAGAAUGAAACAGAUGAAAAGGUCAAGCUCAACCUAAUGGAGGAGUACAAAAAACAGAGAGAAAGUUUUGAAAGUAUUCUUGAUGAAGAAAAGUACAGUAGUUCAAUAGCACGAGGUGAUAGAAGAUUAAGCCAUCAGGGAUUUAAAGGUGCUCUGUUAAUCUCCCUGUACCAUGAUCAGCCGAGGUUUAAUCAGCCGUCCAAACUUCUCUCACUGCUCAUGGAUAUUGACUCACUCAUCACCAAAUGGAGAUACAACCAUGUGAUGAUGGUCCAGAGGAUGAUAGGAAGUAAAGUGGGAACUGGAGGCUCAUCUGGCUAUCAGUACCUGCGUUCAACUGUCAGUGAUCGCUACAAAGUGUUCAUAGAUUUAUUCAACAUGUCAACGUAUUUGAUUCCCCGUGCCUACAUUCCACCACUGUCGAGGGCACUGAAACGCCAACUGAGUAUUCUCAUUCAUGAGUACAUGCCUCGAGACUCAGAUGAAUAUGAUUCUGAUGUUGACAAAUCAGAUGAUAGCCCAGUGAGUAAGCUUGAAGAUUUGAAUAUUAAUGGAGAAACUAGACCUGUUGUCAAAUUUGAAAUUUGAGUUUUUUUUCAGCUUUGGGUUGAAGUAAUUUGUGAAGUAAUUGUUACAAUAGUUUGAAAAAUGUAUUAUAGAGAAAUAAGGACUUAAAGGAAGGUGUGCUUACAAAGAAUGGUUGCACUAUAUUAUGUUGUUGUUUUUUUGUAGAUCUGAAAACAUUCAAUGAUUGAUUUAAGUAGUAUAUUUUAAAAGGAAUUGUUUUAAAGUAUUUGGCAUUUACUGUGUACAAGUUGCAACAAAAUUUGUCACAUACUUCUAGUCAAUUGGUAGACUUACAAACAUAUAUUGUUUGUAAAACAUAAGAAUAAAAAUGGCUAUGCAUUCAUUCGAGUUAUGCCUAUUUGUUUGUUUUUUUUAUAUGUACUAUAAAUGGGAACUAAAUAAUUUUUAUUUUAAAUUCGACUACAUAGUUGAAAUGGCAAAAGUUUAUUUGAAAAGCCAAGACAGCUGAUUUGAAUUCUGUGGAGCAGUCCUGUAGCUUCAUUUAAUAAGUAAUAUUUUUUGACUGAUAAGGUAUUUCAGUCAUAUACAAGAAGAAGUCAUAAAAUCUUGCUUGUUACAGUACAUUUUAUGUUGACUAAAUGCUUAUAUACUUUUGUUUAUAAAGGACAGAUUUAUUUAAUUUCAAACAAAUUAAAACAACAUUUCGCAAAUAGUAAAAAAAAAAAGUAAUAGAGUGCUUUAUUAUGACAUUUUUACAUAUACACAAAUUUAUGCAAAUAGUAGAACAUACAUUUUUGUUUGCAGUAAAAAUUUGACCACUUCCUGAUUAAAUAAAAUAUGCAUUUUAUGUAUACAUUGUAUUUUUUUGUGUAUUUUAAGUUGUUUUAUUUAAACCAAAAAGUUAAUCUUAAAUAAUCUUAAAUAUAAUAAAAAAUUUACCAUCAGGUAAAUGCAAAUAUGUUUUGAAGAUAUUUAUUUUCAUUAUUAGAGGCCACAAAUUGUAAAAUGGUCUCUAUAGAGUGUUAAACAUAAUGACAAAAUGAUGUGCUUAAUAACUUUGAUAAUCUAGUUAAUGAACACAGUAUUAAAAACAAAAUAGUAACCAUUAUAUUCCAUUUUUUCAAGUCUGAGUUAGUGUCAUUUGGUAUAUAAAUAGAUGAGGAGUGAAAUGUUUCACUUUUACAAAUAUUUUCACACCAAUUUGAAUGUUGACAAAUCUCCAAGAUC